UCCAGCACAGACAUGGCAGCUAAACAAGAUGAGGCAUCUAACAAGUCCAGCAGCUCUAAGAUCCGAGCGGUGGCACAUGUUUUGGCCACAUACCAUUUGAUACUAAGCAUUAUUCUUUUAAUCGAAUAUUCUGUUGAACUGGCCAGAAGAAAGAGCUGCUGCCUUGAGAUCAGCAAUUAUAUCCGCCUUGAUAUAAUCUCAAGUUAUCUCCUGCUUGUGGUCUUACUUCUGAUCAGCAUCACCUUUUUAUAUGGUGUUAUUGUGAAUCGAAGAUAUUUGGUUAUUCCAUUUUUGGCUUUGCAGACAAUGGAUUUGUUCCUAAGUUUUCUGAUGUUCUGUAGUUUUUACAGCGAUAUGCCUUCCAACCAAACAUCUAUCACUGAUGACAAGAUGGUAAUUUCUGAUCCUGACACUCCAUUUGGAGUGCAGAAGGUCUGUGAAAUGUGUCUAAGACUGAUGACAUUUUGUAGUUGUUUUGUGGAAGUGCCAACCUACCUUGAUCUCAAGCCAAUAAGCUACAUGAAUUAUUUUUUGGUGAACAACGUCCCCUUUCAGAAAUAUACCGCCAGACUGAUCCUCUUCACUUUGCUCCACACUGCUGUGAUUUUGUACAAGGCACUUAUGAUCUCCUGUGUCUGGAAAGUCUUCAAGUCUCUGAAUCCUCCGCCAAAGAAGAAAGAUGUGCCUCAACAACAAGAUUUCACAAAAGUAGCACUACCAUCCUAUGAGGAGGCUGUUAAAACAACAUCAAAAGAUUUGCCACCUCCAUAUUCCACUGUCUAA